UCAGGCCGGCAGUGGAACAGGUAUUGGGAUGGUGCUUCCCAUACCUGGCGGCGGUCUGUGGGGUCCACAUUGGGGUGUCUUACAGAUUCCAUUUCCAUAUGUUCCUUAGAAAAAAAUGCCGCCAGUAACUGGACCUUUCAUGGUACAGGUACAGAACUGGCCAUUAAGUUCUCCAGUUCAUGAUGAGGAAGAAGUAGAUGUAAACAGUAGACUCCUUCCUGUAAUCAACCCUGACAGUUUGGACAAAAACAGUAACCAGACAACAUUAAAAAUGUCCACAGUAGACGCAGAAGCUUCAGGCAAAGUCAGAUUUUUGCAAGGAGUAUUCUUGUCUACACUGUCUGGAGUACUCUUUACAGCGAACAACUUCAUCAUCAAGUACUUCAAAGUUUUACCCUGUGAUGCUGUUCUAGUGAGAGGAUUGGUUCAAGUUCUGCUUCUUUUUAUCUUCUCCUGCUCUAAGAGAUACAACCUCAUCCCGGAUAACUUGAAGGUUUUCAGCUUCGUUGUUCUUCAAUCAGUGUUUGGAGCGUUUUCCUUCAUAACAGCAUUGAUAUGUGUAUCUCUGAUGCCCGUAGCAGAUGCUCUCGUGAUUAUGUUCACAGACCCUCUGGUAACAAUGGUGGUUGCAGCUAUAUUUUUAGGAGAGAGGUUGAAUAUUCUCCGUGUUACGAUGGGUUUAUCAAUUCUGACCGGGGUUACUCUUGUUUGCAAACCUCCUUUCCUCUUCCCCUCAGAUCAGGACCCUUCAUCUAAUGGUACUUCUGGAGAUCUUCUAGAUGCCAUAAAUGCACUAAUGCACAGUAAAGUAAUGGAUUUAGAUGAUGGGACACCUGAGGUGGUUCAUGAUACAGCCUACUGGACUGGGGCAGGGUUUGCUAUGGCAGCUGUAUUAUGUGGAACAUUUCAUAAUAUCACUGUACCGGCUUGUAAGGAUAUUAAGAGUACAGUUCUAGUGCUGUACGUAGGGUUAAUGGCUAUUGUGAUAUCUGCUGUGGGAGCUCAGUUUGAAUACCUGGACUCUAAAAUGGCUACAGGUAAAGCCAAAGGACAAAUAUCAGAGAUAGAGCUUGAAAUGUGGGGUAUUCUAUUCGGACUGGCAAUAUCAGGAAUGAUUGCUUACUUAAGUUUAACUAGGGCUCUGCAGAUUGUUUCUCCUACUAUAGUUUCUUCUUUAAGGGCUCUAGAGAUAGUAUUCGCUUAUAUCGCUGAAUCCUUGAUAUUUUCUAUUCUUCCAUCUGCUCUAUCAGUAGUUGGUGGUGGCAUUGUUGUCUUCAGUGUGGUUGGUAUUGCCCUGGAGGGUAAUAUUCUGAGGUUUUGGAGAAACCUGAGAUCUUCAAGAACUAGAAUCCAAGUAUACGAGGAACUGUAGUAGACACCUUACUACACUUUAUCUGUGAUGAUAUUUUUAUAUUUGUAAACCCACUCAAACUUUUGUACCAUGUAUGAAAAUAUUAAUAAAAUCAUUGUCUUAA